AUGCCUUCUAAGAAUAGCCAUAUAAAUGGCGUUGGUACCGAUCACCAAGAAGCACAUGAUACAUCAAAAUCUCACGAGGAUGUCCCCGCAUGUCAGUCUUGCCGAAAGAAAAAGGCUCGCUGCAGUCGGGCUCAGCCAUGUUCAGAAUGCAUUCGCUUUAAUACUGACUGUGUAUACGAUGAGCGGCGAAUGAAACCCGGCCUUCGUGCUGGCGCAGUAGACCAACUUUACCGGCGAAUUGAAACACUAGAAAACAUGUUUCUCGGUCAGGAAAUGCUUUGGCAACAUAUAUGGAAGACAUUUUAUCCAAAAGGCUCCCUCUCCGAGUCUAGCCAAGAGCGACCAACUGAUAUCACAAGCUUGGCUCGGCGGCGAGAUGAGCUUCAAUGUGCUUUAAUUCGUGCGUCUUCGCCCUCAAGUCACAGUAACGAGAGCCGAGUCGACACGAAUGCCGGGGUAGGCUCACGUCCCGCAAAGCGACGACGCUGCGAGUCAGCUAAUGUAUCCGCUGGACGAAUGAAUAUCGACGGUGAUUUUAUAUCAACCGAGGUUGUCACAGAACUAGUGGACUUUUACUUCCUCAACAUCCACCCAUGGAUACCGAUGCUUGAUGAGGAAAGAUUCCGGACCUGUGUGAAAUCUCUAGAUGAAAGCCGGGGGAUUCAUUGUAUACUUCACGCCGUCAUUGCUGUCUGCGCACGAUUUUCUCAAAGUGAGAGCCUAGGCGACGAGGCCAGAAAAGUAGAUAUUGCUAAGAAAAGCCGACAGAAGGCCAUCUUGGAUGGUAUGGAGACAUUUUCGAUAGAAAACUUGCAGGCUCUGGUGAUUAUUGCGUUUGAUACUAUCGCCUGUGGGCGUGGACCUUCAUCAUGGUCAAUGGUCGGAAGUAUGGUUGGCACGGUUGAGCAAUUGCAACUAAGCAUUGAAGAAGAUGAACUGUACAAUACAAAAAAUUCUGGUGAGAUUCUCAUACAGCGUAUGGUAUUUUUGACGCCAUCAAGCUCUUGGAGUGAAGCCGAGGAGCGCCGGCGGGUGUUCUGGACAGUUUUCUUAAUGGAUAGAUUUUGCAGUGUAUCCACAGGCUGGAAGAUGAGUCUAAAUAUGACUGAUGUGAAGCGUCGUCUUCCGUGUGAGGGAAGCAUCUGGGCAAACCAGAGAGAAGUUCAAGCUCCAUUUUUUGGAAUCUCGGACUCAAAGGAUACUGAGUCAACUAGUUCGCUUCUUUCAGACAGUCGAGGGUUGAUAAACUCGGAUGCAGAGGACUCUAUCGGCGGUUUUGCUUAUAAUAUCGAAGCCACCGAGUCCCUCGCCCUGGUGACAAAAUUCUUCCUUCAUCAUGCGAUUAAGGUUACGGACACUGAAAAAGCUAGAAUUUGGUUGAUGAAAUUCAAAGAACUUGAUCUGCGGCUCAUUCAGUGGAAAUUGUUUCUGCCUCCGAAAUGGCAAGAGGCAUCUGUGCUUAAUUCUGACGGUUUCAUGGAUCCCAAUCUGACAUUGGCGCAUAUCACACACAACACCGCCGUUAUCUUACUACAUCAAGGAAUUGCUUAUCCACCAUCUCAUUGGCAGACAUGCUCAAUAAAAUUGCCGUCUACUUCAUCAGCAGAAACGUGUUUGGAGGCAGCUUCCGAGAUCGCCACCAUUGGACAGCAGUUUCUGGCAUUCUCUUCUAUCUUCACCAACCCUCAAUUUUCUUUCUGCCUCUUCAUCGCUGGAAGAGUGAUUCUAGCCCAUGCAAGAUAUUAUCAAGUCAUUGUUCCUUCAGCCUUCAAUGAUCUAAUUUCUAGUCUUCUCGAGAUCUCCAGGCGAUGGACCGGGUUUAAGGAGACCGCAAUUUCCGCUGACGACAACAUCGCCUCAAUUUUCGCCAAGAGGCUUAUCGAGGCUCACGAUACCUCGGCUGCUGCUCCUGGCCCAAGCCUCGAUAUUAGGCAGACGGUUUACUCAGAUCAAUAUGGGGAGCAGGACACGCAUGGACUUUCCAUCGGUACAUUACCACCAAGGAAUAUCCUUCUCCAGUCAAGAACACCAAUUGCACAUCCCCGUGCCAUAAGCAAACACCAACUUCAAGAAACCUACGAAAAAGAUCCAUUCAGUCUGGCUUUCCCACCGCUCCCGCCAGCCUUUAGUCUUGACUUUCCUGUUUUUUCCCAAUCAGACUCACUCUCACUAUAUACACAAUCAGGUGAUUAUCAAGCGCUAUCACCGCUAGGGAUACAGUCAUAUGAGCAACAAAUUAAUCAUUGCCAUGGUCAUACUGCUCCACUUGGGGAUUGCACUACUAAUUCUCAUGAAAAUCCGUCUCAUGUCUUUCAUCUUACACCCAGUCCUCACGAGAGAAUAAGUCGCUAUGGUGGAGAGCAUGUUGAGAACCGAACCUUGAACAAAGGUCCAAGGAAUAUAUCUACGGGAUGA